AUGAAGCACUUAACGAAGGGGGUGGCGGCCGAUAGCCUUGACGAUUACACUGGAAUGGCUGCGUCUACAAUAUACAUGUACGUAAAAAAGUUUAUGGAUGCAUUACUUUGGAUUUUUAACGAUCGUUACAUGAGGCACGCAACAACCGAAGAUACAAAGAGGCUAUUAGCUGAGAAUGAGGCUCGUGGAUUUCCUGGAAUGCUUGAAAGUCUCGAUUGUACCCAUUGGGAGUGGAGGUGUUGUCCUACUGACGAAGCAGGCCGACACGUUGGACAGUAUAAGAAACCAAAUCUUGUUUUACAGGCUGUUGCAUCAUACGAAAGAUGGUUCUGGCACUGUUACUUUAGUGCGCCCGGUGCUAACAAUGACUUAAAUGUUUUGGACCAGUCGGGUUUGUUUGAUAGAGAGAAGAACGCGUUGGAUCCUCCUUGUGAAUUUCGCAUCAACGGUCACGUGUACAGACAUGGAUACUAUUUGGUUGACGAAAUCUAUAAUGAAAUGCCUGGGGUUGUUCAUGGUUAUAAGAGACGUCAGACUAUGCCGGCAAUCCAUAAGAAAUUUAAUGAAUACCACGACGCUGACUCUGAUCCCCAUAAAAUGCGGUUCUUCCACCGUAGUCUGAUGACUCUCCUUGUGUGCUUUGUGAAUCCCGAAACUGUCCAUCAUCAUCUUCCAUCCCGCUCAUUGGCUGGCUUUGUUGGGUGGCUAUGUUUGAAGUUUGAGGAUCUAAAAUCGACGGAUCAUAUUCCCUGGGAAAGUGCAUCUUAA